UUCAAAACCGUGUGAAUGCUCUUUUCUAGAGGUGUGUUUAAUGUGAACAUUUUGUUUUCUUUCUUGUGCAGUCACAUUGAGAAGAUCACCACAUGGCAUGACCCCAGGAAGACCAUGACACCCUCAGUGACCCAGAUAGGUCUGCACAAUCAAGCCUCCAACAACAGCAACAUACAGCAGCGCACCAUGGCCCUCUCUCAACCCAACCUCGUGCUGAACCAGCAGGCUCAUCAGCAGCACCUCCAGCAGCAGCAGCAGCAGCAGCAGCAGGUCCAGGUCCCGGUCCAGGGUCCCCAGCAGCAGAGCUCUCAGCCCAUGAUGAACAUGAGCGGCCCCAUGAGCACCCAGCAGCACCAGCAGAAGAUGAGACUCCAGCGCAUCCAGAUGGAGCGAGAACGCAUCCAGAGGAGACAGGAGGAGCUCCUCAGACAGGAGGUGGCGCUCCGGCAGCUGCCCAUGGACUCUGAUAAUAUGGCACCAGUGGCAGCAAACAUCAGCUCUCCACCAAUGACGCAGGGCAACAUGCCCAACAACAGCUCAGACCCCUUCCUCAACAGCGGGCCGUAUCACUCGCGAGAGCAGAGCACAGACAGCGGGCUGGGACUGGGCUGCUACAGCAUCCCCACCACUCCAGAGGACUUCCUUAAUAGCAUGGAGGAGAUGGACACAGGUGAGAGCAUGGUGCCUGUGAGUAUGAACGUCCCACCGCAGAGCCGUUUCCCAGACUUCCUGGACUCCAUGCCUGGCACCAACGUGGACCUGGGCACCCUGGAGGGAGCUGACCUCAUGCCCAUCCUCAACGACGUGGAGUCCGUUCUGAACAAAAGCGAGCCCUUCUUGACCUGGCUCUAGACUCACUCACACCACACUAAAGACUCUUUUAUAUAAAUAUAUAUAUUAUAUUAUAUAUUCUAUCAACCUCUUCCUCUAGUUUCACUUUUUAGUUGUCAGAUUUGUUCCCUCACAUUACAAUGGGUCGAAGAACAAAACCAAAGUGUUUAGCCUGUGAACAAAUUAUAGAGCAUGCGUCAAUCAAAGACGAGCAUGUUUGUUCAGUAACUGAUGUUGGGUAGAUUUGAUUCUGACUGUGUUUGUGUUCAGAAUGACCAGUUUGACAGCAGAAACACCUGAAUAGUGUUUGAUCAUGUUUAACAGGCGCGCCUGUGUGUUAGUACAUUUAACCCAGAGUUAGGGUUAGUCAAGCUUUACUGGGUGAAUCUCACCAAACCUGUCAACAACACACGGAAGCUGAUUCCCACCAUGGAAAAAUAAUUAUUAAAAGGUAAUUGCGUUUUAUUUUUUUCCAGAUCUCGCAAUUCUGCAUGUGGUCAGGUGUCAAAAAAUGUAGAAAAAAGUUAUUGUGAGAUGUAACUGAGAAUUCAGUCAAAAAAGUCUGGGCUCUGGGUCAAUACUGACUUUUUUCUUAGAAUUGCGAGUGUACUUCUAGUAAUUUUUUCUCAGCAUUGUGGAUUUAUAACAAUUUCAAAAUAUAAACUUGCAGUUGCGGGAAGAAAAAGACAAUUGCCUUUUUUUAUUUAUUUUUUCAUUUUAAAAUAAAAUAAUUCUUGGCAGAAAUAAGCUAUCAUAAAACAUUUUUGGUUCAAGAAUAAGAAAUAAGUAAAUUCUUCUAGAAAAUAAAGCCACUUUUUAGGACCAUUAGGAUUUUUUGAAUAAUAAUUAAGCAUGUUUGCCCUAAAAACACUAAUGACAAUCAACACUGAGAAUCUGGAUCAAUUCCUUUUUUAUUACAGUAACUAGUUUUGUUGGUAUAAAUGACUAUUUUGGUUGAUUUAGUGAUGAUAUUAGUUUUCAAGUGUGUUUAAUUGUCUGAAAAUCGUAAUGGUCCAUAUGUUUUCAUGAGAUUCACCCUGCUUUUUCACAUUUUAGCAAAUCAGCAGCAGAAGUGUGCCUGUCAAAGAUUUACAUUGUGACUUAAUAUCCAACGAAUAACUACUUCAGAUGUGUUUUAUUUUUAUCCCAGUUUAGCUAUUGUGUGAAGCUCAUGAUGCUCCAGAUGGCAUAUGUAGACAAGCGUUUCAUAUCAUAUAUGUUUUUAUAUACUGCUACAGUAUUCCUAUUUUCUAAUCUGUGCUCUUGACAUCUGGUGCAUUUAAUUAGUUUGCAGUUUAGUAUUUAUCAAGAGCUAUGAACUUCUUUUUAAAUAGUUUUUAGAUUUGUUUCCUUUUUUCAGGAAUUUUAUACAUUUUCGUAGCACUACAAAUAUGCCAAGGAUUCAGCAACACUGAUCUAGUCCCUCGAUAUCUUCAGGGAAUAUCUGCAUUAAGUAUUUUCUCUUACCAGAGAUGAUUUUGACUUUAUUUGGAUGAUAACUGGGGUAGACACUUGUUUUUUUGGGUUUUUUUUGCACCCCGACUGAAAUCCAGUUCAAUAUAUAAACAUAUAUAUGUUUUCUUUCUUUUUUUUUUUUUCUACACAGGUCUAAUUUUUGUAUUGCAUGUUUGAUCUGUUUGAUAUUCAUAGCAUCGGGGGUGUAUAGACCCACCUCACCGUGACUUCUUUAUUGUUUAUGGUUACUUUAUAGAUGGGUUAUGAAUUGAAGUGUGCUGGAUUUGUGGAUUGUGCAGACAGUUGGGAGGGGGGGUGAUUUCUAGUAACUGUAGGUCAAACUGAGCUCAUGACGUCCUUUAUAAGGACCGAGCGGGUCAGAAAGAGACGAUAUGAGCUGUUCUCGAACCCGAGUGACUUCAGAGAUUUCCACACAGUGGAGCCAUCGGUUUCUUCAGUUUUGGAAAGUAAGGACAAGAUCCGGUGUUUCUGCAGACACUCAGCAAGAGGGACCUUUAAUGAUUUAAUGAUUUUCUAUUAUAUAAACCACUCAUCCAGAACCUAAAUCAUGCAGUUUCUCAAGGAGUUGAAUAUAUGGCUUCAGUUUCAUAAAAUGCAAAUUUUUCAUUGUGUUAUGGGGUGAGAUGAAAUCUGGUGAGUGUGAUUGUUGGUCGAUGCCAGACUUGCAUAUCUCUCCACACUUCAGCAUGCUUCAGGUUUUGUUAGGUUACUGAUGUGAAUGUUAGUCACACGCUGGAAAGCUCAGAAAACAAACUGCACACCACAGAAAUAUGAUGGCGGUGUAUUGUACGUGAAAAAUUUGGUUGUAACCUCCAAGAUAUCUCUAAAAUUGUCAGUGAAAUCAAAAACUAAAAGAAUAAAAUGGUUUUAUUAGCA